AUGAGCCGCAAGGAAGCCUUAUCAUCGUUCAUACAGCAAAUUCACGGCAGGCCAGUAGUAGUCAAAUUAAAUAGCGGCGUUGAUUACAGAGGUGUACUUGCCUGUCUUGACGGUUACAUGAACAUUGCACUGGAGCAAACAGAAGAAUAUGUCAAUGGACAGCUCAAGAACAAGUAUGGUGAUGCCUUUAUCAGAGGGAAUAAUGUGCUUUACAUAAGUACGCAGAAACGGCGAAUAUAA